CUUCGUCUAGGCGUUGCGUUAUUGUUCGCUUUAUGUGAGCAACGCUCUUGAUCCAUAGUUUUUAAAAAUCGUAUUCUAAAGUGAAUGCGUUGAUCUCUUCCUCAGGAUUAUUAAACGCUGCUCAACUACGAAAAUUCAUAGACUGGUCGGUCCAGAAAGCUCGCGCAAAAUGCGAUCUCAUACCUUGUGCAUAUCCACAUUAUUAACAUUACUAGUGUUUGUGUCGGCUGAAGAUGAUACCGUCGGACCGGUAUUCGUUCGCGAACCCCCAAACCGAAUCGAUUUCUCCAAUACAACGGGCGCGGUGGUGGAGUGCAGUGCACGUGGUCAUCCCCCUCCGGAAAUAAUAUGGGUUCGUUCCGAUGGCACGGCGGUUGGAGAUGUCCCAGGAUUACGGCAAGUUUUGGCCAACGGCAACCUGGUCUUCCCGCCCUUCCGCGCCGAAGACUACCGCCAAGAAGUACACGCUCAGAUCUACGCCUGCCUCGCGAAGAAUUCCGUUGGAUCGAUCCACUCGAAGGACGUCAACGUGCGUGCAGUUGUCCAACAGUUUUACCAGACGGAGGUGAACAACGAGUACGUCAUCCGUGGAAAUGCUGCUGUUUUAAAAUGCGCUAUACCUUCGUUUGUUGCCGAUUUUGUAAUCGCGACAUCUUGGGCUGACAGCGAAGGGAAUACCUAUAAUAUGGACGAAAAGAAUUAUGUGGUCGCACAAACCUACGAAGUCGAAGCGGACAAUGAAUACGUUAUACGUGGAAAUUCGGCCGUAAUGAAAUGCGAGGUGCCCUCUUUUGUAUCUGAUUUUGUUGUCGUCGAGAACUGGCAAGACUCUCGGGGCAACACUUACUUACCAGGAUCGGAUUAUGUGGUUAAUCAAUAUUUCGAAGCUCAAGUGUACGAUGUCUUCGUUAUAAAGGGAAAUACCGCAAUAUUCAAAUGUCAAAUACCAUCCUUUGUUUCCGAUCACGUCGAUAUAAUUUCAUGGCAAGACAGUGACAAAAAUAAGUAUCUUCCACCCGAUGAUAGUCAAUACGACAGCAAAUAUUUGGUCCUUCCAUCCGGCGAAUUGCACAUACGCGACGUGGGACCCGAAGAUGGAUACAAGACAUAUCAAUGCCGCACCAAGCAUCGACUAACCGGCGAGACCAGACUUAGCGCAACCAAAGGACGAUUGGUCAUCACCGAGCCCGUCGGUGUUAAGACGCCCGUCUUUUCCUCCGACAAUCUUAUCAAUGCUUUCGCACGGAAUUUCGGUCAAAGUUUCGCUCUUUUGUGUCAGGCGCAAGGGUUUCCUGUUCCGAGGUUCAGUCAGUUUUUCUUAGAGCCGAUCGGUAGUAAAGCUCCCGCUUUCUCGACUUCCGCCAAAAGUUCAACGUACGAAAUGAAGUCGGGCGGCAGUUUUUCAUUGCUUUGCCCUGCCCAGAGCUUACCGGUUCCAGCGUUCAGGUGGUACAAGUUCCUAGAAGGUACAACUCGCAAACAAGCCGUCCAAUUAAACGAUAGAGUUAAGCAAGUAGCCGGUACCUUAAUUAUUCGUGAAGCAAAAGUCGAAGAUUCCGGAAAAUACCUAUGCGUCGUUAACAACUCUGUCGGUGGCGAAAGCGUCGAAACCGUACUCACCGUUACCGCCCCUUUGAAGUCCUCCAUAGAACCGCAAGUGCAGACCAUUGAUUUCGGCAGACCCGCGGUUUUCACGUGUCAUUUUGAAGGUAACCCGAUUAAGACGAUCAGCUGGUUGAAAGAUGGCAAACGUCUCGAUCAUCACGAGGCUAUCCUAAGAAUCGAGGCCGUGCGAAAGGAGGAUAAGGGAAUGUACCAGUGUUUCAUUAGAAACGAUCAGGAAAGUGCCGAAGCGACCGCCGAGCUGAAGUUGGGCGGCCGAUUCGAGCCUCCUCAAAUUCGUCACGCCUUCGCCGAAGAAACCCUGCAACCCGGCUCUCACGUCUUUCUGAAGUGCAUCGCCGCCGGAAAUCCGACGCCCGAAAUCGCGUGGGAAUUGGACGGACGCCGACUUUCGAACAACGAUAGAUAUCAAAUUGGGCAAUACGUGACUGUCAACGGAGAUGUUGUUUCGAAUUUAAACGUAAGCGCGGCAAUCACCAAUGAUGGGGGUUUAUACAGGUGCAUCGCCAGCAGCAAGGUGGGAUCGGUCGAUCAUGCGGCUAGGAUUAACAUUUACGGACUUCCAUUUGUAAGAUCCAUGGAAAAACAGGCGAUUGUCGCUGGAGGAACUUUAAUUGUACAUUGCCCUGUCGCCGGUUACCCCAUCGACACCAUCGUAUGGGAGAGAGACGGACGCGUUUUACCUAUCAACCGAAAACAGAAGGUCUUUCCCAAUGGAACUCUUAUCAUUGAAAAUGUGGAACGAGCUUCUGACCAGGCAUCAUACACUUGCGUCGCGAAAAAUAGUCAAGGUUACAGCGCACGAGGAUCGUUGGAAGUUCAAGUUAUGGUCGCUCCGCAAAUCAUGCCUUUUAAUUUCGGCGACGAAACGAUGAACGACGGUGAUACGGUGUCCGCUCAGUGCACGGUGACCAAAGGUGAUCUACCGAUAACAAUUCUGUGGUAUCUGAACGGGAAACCGGUCAACGAAUACGGCAGUAUUUUCACGAGUUAUAUGGGAAAGAGGAUUAAUAAUUUAGCGAUAGAUUCAGUCCAAGCAAACCACGUUGGGAGUUACACUUGCAGUGCGACAAAUUUGGCAGGAUCCACUAAUUUUAGUACAUACCUCAAUAUAAACGGUACUUUUUUUUUAUAGGCAUGUUUGUCCUUAAUACCAGCCUUAUUCUUUUACACCAAAGUUCCUAUUGACCGCUUGGAGAUGUUCUCUCUCCAGAUAAAUUCGCUCCUCUUUUUCAGGGCUUCUCGUUCUUUGACUAUUUUUCUUCGUCGUUUUCACAGUCUAUGUUUACACAGGCACUUGGGUACCGUCGCAUAUGUUCGUAGUAGGUAUGUAAAUAUUUUGGAAAACUCUUAAUGUCCUGACGUGGCACCACGCCCAUCUGCCCCUGGAUCCCCAGUUAGGAGGGAGGUUGCAUAAAAUGGUUGCUAAUGACUGUCGACUCUAGGUACUAAGCUCCCUAAUCGAUCUAGAAGCGACACUCAGAGGUUUAAUAUGGGCCCAUUGACUACUCCUUUGGGUGCUGCUAAGCAGCUACGUCAUUUUACGACGUAAUAACUGGACUAUAUACCUACCUAUCUUUUCGCCAUGCGCAAAACGAGUAAAGUAUGGUUAACCGCUCAUUAGUGGAUAAAAUCGGGGGGUUAGUAACCUCCAGAGUUAUUAACCCCUCUACUAUUUUUCAACAUAGACCUAUAUCGUAUUUGCAAAGGGGAGGAGACGGCAUGUUUUACUUACUUCAAGCAUC